GCACCCACAGCGCCUCGGCACCCCCCGGCCGGGGCUCGGGGCUCUGCGGUGGUUCCCCAGCCUGAGGUCCCAUCCGGAGCAGCGCGGGAGCAGGGGUCCAUGCGAGCCGGAGCAGCAGGGCUGGCGGAGCCUGUUCCCAUCCCCGAGGUGACAAUGGAGCAGCUGAAGUGACCUGAGGAGCUGUUGCAGUCGUGCCCAGGAUGGGCUGUGUGCACUGCAAAGAGAAGGGCACCAGCAAAGGGCAAGUGGGGGGUGAGCUGGGUGCCCCCCAGCCCCCUGUGUCCCAGUACGACCCCGACCCCACGCAGCCCGGUGCCAUCUUCACCCGCAUCCCUGACUUCAACAACUUCCACGGCGCAGGAGUCCCUGCAGCCCCAUCCUUGCUGGGGCCAGGGGCCUUCACCUCCAACACGCUGCAGAUGCGGAGCGGGGGCAUCUCAGGGGGAGGUGUGACGCUCUUCAUUGCCCUCUAUGACUAUGAGGCCAGGACGGAGGAUGACCUGACCUUCCAGAAAGGGGAGAAAUUCCACAUCAUCAACAACACGGAGGGUGACUGGUGGGAGGCCAGGUCGCUGAGCUCGGGUGCCACCGGCUACAUCCCCAGCAACUACGUGGCCCCGGUGGACUCGAUCCAGGCAGAAGAGUGGUACUUUGGGAAGAUCGGGCGCAAGGAUGCGGAGCGGCAGCUCCUGUGUCAUGGCAACUGCAGGGGCACUUUCCUCAUCCGGGAGAGUGAGACAACCAAAGGUGCCUAUUCCCUCUCCAUCCGGGACUGGGAUGAGGCCAAAGGAGACCACGUGAAGCACUAUAAGAUCCGGAAACUUGACAACGGGGGCUACUACAUCACCACCCGUGCGCAGUUCGACACUGUCCAGCAGCUGGUCCAGCACUAUAUAGAGCGGGCGGCCGGGCUGUGCUGCCGCCUGGCCGUGCCGUGCCCCAAGGGGACCCCCAGGCUGGCCGACCUCUCUGUUAAGACCAAGGACGUGUGGGAGAUCCCCCGCGAGUCCCUCCAGCUCCUCAAGAAGCUGGGCAAUGGGCAGUUCGGGGAAGUGUGGAUGGGGACAUGGAACGGCACCACGAAGGUGGCGGUGAAGACGUUGAAGCCUGGCACCAUGUCCCCAGAGGCCUUCCUGGAGGAGGCUCAGAUCAUGAAGCGCCUGCGGCACGACAAGCUGGUGCAGCUCUAUGCCGUGGUGUCGGAGGAGCCCAUCUACAUCGUCACCGAGUUCAUGAGCCAGGGCAGCUUGCUGGACUUCCUGAAGGAUGGGGAUGGCCGCUACCUGAAGCUGCCCCAGCUGGUGGAUAUGGCUGCCCAGAUCGCGGCGGGCAUGGCUUACAUUGAACGGAUGAACUACAUCCAUCGGGACCUUCGUGCUGCCAACAUCCUGGUGGGAGACAACCUGGUGUGCAAGAUCGCUGACUUUGGCCUCGCUCGCCUCAUUGAGGACAACGAGUACACAGCGCGCCAGGGUGCCAAGUUCCCCAUCAAAUGGACUGCUCCAGAGGCUGCUCUCUUUGGGAAAUUCACCAUCAAGUCGGAUGUCUGGUCCUUUGGCAUCCUCCUGACAGAGCUGGUGACCAAAGGCCGGGUGCCCUACCCAGGGAUGAACAACCGGGAGGUGCUGGAGCAGGUGGAGCGCGGGUACCGCAUGCAGUGCCCCGGGAGCUGCCCCCCGUCCCUGCACGAGGUGAUGGUGCAGUGCUGGAAGCGGGAGCCCGAGGAGCGCCCCACCUUCGAGUACCUCCAGUCCUUCCUCGAGGACUACUUCACCGCCACCGAGCCCCAGUACCAGCCGGGGGACAACCAGUGACCCCCGGCCUUGGGGCGGCCUUGG